GGCGCGUAGAGAGGCGUCUCGGAGCACCCGGAUUGGGGCAAGAUGGCGGCCUCGUGGUGACCAGCUGUCAAGGGAUGAAAAUAGGUUCUUGAUUCACCAUGGCACUAGCAGCAGUAAAAUGGGCCAUAUCAAACAGAACUAUUUUGAAACAUUUAUUUCCAAUUCAAAAUGGAGCUUUAUAUUGUAUUUGUCGUAAGUCUACAUAUUCUUCUCUUCCAGAUGACUAUAAUUGCAAAGUAGAGCUUGCUUUGACAUCUGACAACAGGACAAUAGUAUGCUACCACCCAUCUGUGGACAUUCCAUAUGAACACACAAAACCUAUCCCUCGACCAGACCCUGUACAUAAUAAUGAAGAAACACAUGAUCAAGUGCUAAAAACCAGAUUAGAAGAAAAAGGUGAACACUUUGAGCAAGGACCCAUGAUAGAACAACUUAGCAAAAUGUUCUUUACUACUAAGCACCGUUGGUAUCCUCGUGGACAUUUUAAGAAGCAAAAUGCCAAGAAGAAAACCAAGUAGACCCUGUACCUGGGAUAAGGUCAUACAUACAUGGAAAGAUUCCAGUCAGGAAGACAUGCUGGAAACUAUUAUGACUGUCCAGAUGAAAAAUGAAAGGAUCAGCAGAAGAAAUAGAAAAGGGAAAUAUAAAAGUAGAGACUGUGUUUAAUAGGCAGUAGAGGUAACCUGCCUGGGUAUUAAUGGGAAGACAUAUGAAGCUCCUCAAGUUUCUAACAGGUGUUUGGGUGGAUGGUGUUGUUCAUGCAAGUGGGGAAACAGGUUUGGGAGUAAGGUAAGUGAAUCUAUUGUUGGUUAUUUUGAGUCCGAAGAUGUGUGAAUCAUCUGGUGGGAUGCAGUUCUGAAAGCAGGUAGGUAAUUGGAUCUGGAACUCGAUUGUUUUCCUUUAGAAGGUUAUUUCUCCCUUAAUUAUAAAAGAGAUUACUCAGAGGUCGGCUUCACAGUCCAUACAUCACAUUCAGAAUUUCAUUCUGAGACUUUAUUUUUUAAAUUUUUUUUUGAACUUUGUAUUUAUUUUUGUGUUACCUCAAUAAUUUCUUUUCUCUAUAUAUACAGA